AUGUGGGACCUGCUUGUACCAAUUGCAGCAGCCUUGUCCCCUGGUUCAACUACGAGCGACCCGCCUAAUCCAAGCAUUGUGUGGCAUGAGUGUCCUCCACAGACACCAGAAGGCAUUGACUGUGGUUCUAUCAAUGUCCCGCUUGCAUAUGGCCCGGCAAACUCAAUCGAUUCAAUUGACAACCGGACAGUAUCGCUCGAGCUGACACGCCUCAAUUCAACUGGCAAUGCGCUUGAAAAAGACGUCAUGUUCUUCAACCCUGGUGGACCGGGAAUAUCCGCAGCCUAUCUUGUCAUUGCAUCUACUCUUGAUCCAAACCUUGGUUUCUCACCCUCUCUUAGGGAGGCUUACGAUAUCAUCGGGCUCGACCCGCGGGGUGUAGGCUGGAGUACGCCAGUGCAGUGUGACCCCCAUAUCUACAAUGAACGAGUCCCGACCUUUAUCAAUGACGCGACAGGAUAUGACGCCCUCGUCAGCUAUGGACGGCGCCUCAGUGAAAGCUGUGCUGAGCUCACUGGCCCUAUGAUCAAUCAUCUCGACACCAUACAUGUCGCCAAAGAUCACGAGCUUGUGCGGCGCGCUCUUCGGGCUCCUAAGCUCAACUUCCUCGGCUUAUCCUACGGCGCUCAGUUGGGACCACAAUACGUGUCCCUUUUCCCUGAGACUGUAGGUCGUAUGGCCCUCGAUGCGCUGGUCGACCAUAGCCAAUCCGAAACAUCGACACUCCUAGCAGAAGCUGUUACAUACGAAACAGCUCUAGACAAAUUCUUCACUUGGUGCGACAGAAACUCAUCCUGUGUUCUCUAUGGUCGCAAUUCAAGGCAAGUCUUUGACGCUCUGGUUGCCCAAGCCGAUGCUACGCCAAUCCCAGCACCAGGAUGUGACGAUGCAUGCCGAUCUGAUGUCACUGGGGAAGAGAUCCGCUAUAACGUUCAAUCAUAUCUCCGAUUUAUUGACCUACCGAUUGGCCGGAACUGGCUCGAUCUUGGAACAGCACUAGCCGAGGCUUCUCAGGGAAAUGCAACUAUGCUGUCCAGUGAGCUAGCCACCGAAACAUGCUCAACUAGGCCUGAUCAGUCCCCCUUCCUAUAUAUAGCCCUUGGCUGUGUCGACUGGUUGCAUCAAUCCCGAUCAGCCAUAGAUCUCCAGCAGAAACUACAGAUGGUGAGGACAUUUGCACCAAGGAGUGCGGGUGCUUCAUGGACAUAUACCUACCAAAGCCGGUGUCUGGGAUGGUCAGCACCGGUGACGAAUAGCCAGACCAUGCUAGAUAAGGGCGUUAGCAAAGCUCCACCGAUAUUGUUGGUCAACUCAAUCUACGAUCCAGAAUGCAGCAUGGCAUGGGCCCAAGGGCUGAGGGAGCAGUUGCCAAGCGGGGUGAGCGUCACCAGAAACGGACACGGGCAUACUAGCUAUUUCCUUCAAGGCGAGACAAGUGAAGCAAUCAAUAAGUUUCUAGCUACCGGAGAGAUGGUAGAAGAUGGGACUAUAUUUAAGACAUAG